CGGUUUCCUGCUGCAGUGAGAAGAAGCGGCGGCGUCGAGACAGACUGAAGACUGAGCAGCACCUCCUCCAAAAACUACACCGUACAAUGAAACUGUUAGCGGCACCUCCGUCUCUCGACACCCGCUUCGUGACGGUUAUACUGCUGGUGAUGGGUCUCUCUACUCCUGGAAAACCAGAAAUCACCAGUCUGGAUACAGGCAACAUUGAUGACGUCCUAAAUAAUGCUGGGGUGGCAUUAGUGAAUUUUUACGCAGACUGGUGCAGAUUCAGUCAGAUGCUCCAUCCUAUUUUUGAGGAGGCAUCUAACAUAGUGAGGGAGGAGUUUCCUGAUACCAAGCAGGUGGUGUUCGCUCGCGUCGACUGCGACCAACAUUCGGACAUAGCACAGCGCUACCGCAUCACCAAGUACCCGACGCUGAAGCUCUUCCGCAACGGGAUGAUGAUGAAGAGGGAGUACAGGGGUCAGAGGUCGGUGGCGGCCAUCGCUGACUUUAUCCGCCAGCAGCAGGUUGACCCAGUGAAAGAAAUGCACUCGUUAGAGGAGGUUAAUGCUGUGGAUAGGAGCAAGAGAAACAUCAUAGGUUACUUUGAAAAGAAGGACUCCGACAACUACCACACCUAUGAAAAAGUUAGCAACAUCCUUCGAGACGACUGCACAUUCUCGGCUGCCUUUGGCACCGUAUCUGAGUCCGAACGCUUCAGCGGAGACAACAUCAUCUACAAACCUCUGGGCGAGAACGUUCCCGACAUGGUCUACCUCGGAUCCCUCACCAACUUUGACCUGACGUACGCUUGGGCCCAGGACAAGUGUGUGCCUCUGGUCAGGGAGAUCACCUUUGAAAAUGGAGAGGAGCUGACUGAAGAAGGAAUCCCUUUCCUCAUUUUGUUCCACAUUAAAGAAGACACCGAUAGCUUAGAGAAGUUCCAACAUGAAGUAGCUCGCCAGCUCAUCAGCGAGAAAGGUUCUAUAAACUUCCUUCACGCGGACUGUGAUAAGUUCCGCCAUCCUCUCCUCCAUAUCCAGAAAACUCCGGCUGACUGUCCCGUCAUCGCCAUAGACUCAUUCAGACACAUGUAUGUCUUCCCCGACUUCAAAGACCUCGCUGUCCCCGGCAAACUGAGACAGUUUGUUUUGGACCUUCACUCCGGUAAGCUCCACCGAGAGUUUCACCACGGCCCCGACCCCACGGACAGCACGCCUGGACAGGAGGAGACGGGCGGAGAGAUGGCCAGCAGCCCUCCGGAGAGCUCAUUCCAGAAGCUGGCGCCCAGCGAGACUCGCUACACCAUCCUCAGACGGGACCGUGACGAGCUGUGACCUUAACCAGCCUUCCAGUGAUCCUGUGACUCAAUGCCACGCCCCGGGGUCAGGGAGGGGGGGGUUAGGGUUGGGACAGGCCGGCGGGACAGAACAGCAAACACCCAACACCCUUACCGGAGAACGAGAUGAAGAGGAGAACGAAGGGGAGCGAAGAAGAACAGGAGGAGGAGAGCGCAGUCCAUGACACACCAUGUUGGAAUAACCUAUAUUUUCAUAACUCUUUCACGUACAAUUUUUAUUUUGAAUUUAAAAAAAAAAAAAAGGAAGGGGGGAUAAAGAAGAAAAAUGUGUGUGGGCAGAGGGGUUAGGGGCAUUAGGACAACGAGAGUUCUUACUUUUAUUUUUCGGAGGUUGUAAAUAUGUUUGUGCUACAUUGGAAUCUCAAUGUCAGUCUAAAUUAAAUGCAGAGUUUUUCUUUAUUUUAUUCCUUUUUUUUUUUUUCUUUUUCAUCACCCUGCUUUUUGUAGAAAGAAAAAAAACAAGAAGAAGCAGCAGCAAACCAACAGUUCCCUCACUCCAGUUGUACGGUUCUUAUCUGUGGGUAGUUCAGCCUGUCUGAUAGGAGAUGCUUGUUUAGUCUCACUGACCUCAUGGCUGCAUCUCAAUACGACCAACUCUAGUUUGAUUCAUUUUGUAUAGCACAAGUUAUAACAAUAUGCCUGUUUUUGAAGUAGCUUUAUCUCCGUAUCUUCUCCGCACACACAGAAGGAAUAGAGAACAACUCGAUUUCAAAUCAGACACGGAAGAUAAAGAGACUGAGCUACUCCAGCUGAUUGAGAUGCGCCCCUUUUCUCCGCGGUUAUAGAUUAUGAUGUCUCUUACAGUGCUUAUAAAAAAAAGAAAAAAAAAAUUAACUAUUCCUGGGAUCUUUUCAUGUUUUACUUUUUUACAAUAUUGUGCCACAGUGGAUGCAAUUUUUUUUUUUUUGUUUGUUUGGUCACCAGUCAGCAGAAAAUAAUUCAAAUAAGAGAGCUUUUUGGCUUUCGUACUACAUAAAUACACCCCCCCAAAAAAACCUGAGAAGCCUGGUGGUGGCAGCAGCAUCAUGCCGUGUGGAGGCUUCGCUGCAGCACGCCCUGGACGUCUUGUGAUGGCGGAGAGGGUCGAAUGCAUGCAGCAGGAUCAAAUACACAAGGACGAUAUUAGUUAAAAUCAAAGGAGGGUUCAGACAGAAUUUGCUUACAUGACUAGAAAAUGGGAUUGUGAUGUCUACAACUGUUUGAAACCUAUCCUUUUAAGCUUGAGGCUGAAAUUGCUGCCAAAUAAGAAGUGUAUUUAUGAACACUGCAAUUGAUCCUUGUUUUAUGUUAGACCCUCUAAAGCAUAUGAACAAAAAGUGGAUGUAGCUGAUGGAUGCAAUCAGAAAUUUUCUCCCCCAAAAUCGGUCUCCUGCUCUGUUGAUAAGUGUCUUAAAGUCUAAUUAAAUCCACAUCUGUAAAAUGGUAAAAUAUUAAACGGUCAGAAGGGCUGGGUACUUUAAUGGGCAGGAUAUUUUCCAUAAACGCCCCCUGAGUUGUUCUCCUGUUUGGAAAAUGGUUGUACUUUAAAAUGAAAUUGUUUUUGCUGUUACCUGUCGUUAAAUGUGUCAUCACGCUGGGGGAAGAAGAGGAAGAGACUGUCCCGGUGUCUUACAAAAAGGCCGAAAGACAAGAGAGGGGGAAAACCCAAGCGACGGAACGGUGGAAAUUCAGUCUGCCACUUUAUACGCGUUGUUCUCUUGUCUCUUUAUAUGUCUUUGAGGUUUUGGUACAAGUCUAGACCCCUGAGAAUCCAAAAAGUGGACUACGAGUUUUGGGGACCCAUUGCUAAGUUUGUACUGUGCGUCCUGCCCUUCCAUAGAGGCCAACAGAUACCUGCAUAGUGACAUAUCAGCCCACAUACAGAGCUACGGGAGGGGGGGAGUGAGUGUGAUGCCAUUUCUAAAUCAGUCAUCUCAGACGGGAAGAAGAGUUGAAAAAGUAAAUUAAAAACCAUUUUACAGGA